UCGCCGCCACAACUCUGCGCGUUUUUGCCGACGCGUUUUCGGCCGCCUCCAAACAGUGAACAGAAGAUCGGAAAAUGUGCUAAACGCCCCCGCCCAAAGCGGAUCCAAACAGAACCUGAACGAUGCCCCAACGCACUCCGAGCCCCGACGGAAUGACCUCCCCGCGCUGCUGCAGUAGUCCGGCCAUGUCCGAGAUCUCCGUGGGAUCGCCAAGCCCACCUCCGCCAGCCUCUACGAUCCGGGCCCUCAACAUGAAGCGCCUGCGACUCCUGCGCAGUCCCACACCCCUCCAGAACGGUCGCCUCAAGGCCAGUCAGCCCGGCGAAGGGGGGAUCCGCAUCAAGAGCUUCUCCAUUGCGGACAUCCUGGGACGGGCAGAUGAUGAUAAGGAUCGGAAGCCAGCCACGCCCAAUCCAGUACCGGCUUCUACAUCUUGUCCCGCUCCUGUUCCCGCUCCUGCCCAUGCGGCCGCUCCAAUGGUCCUCAUCCAUGAGCGUCUCCAGGCACCGGCUGCUGGUCAGCUGAUCCAUUGCCCAGCUCCGGGCGGACUCCAUCCGUUCCUAUCGCCCGCCCUGCUGCACAGCUACGAGCAGCGCCUCGCCUGGGACUACCAGCGCCAGCUGCAGGAGCACUUCCAGGCCCAGGCCCAGCUCCUCCGCCAGAUGAGCAUGAACCCCGCCAUCAUACCGUCCGAGGACGGCAGCUCGGAGCGCUCCCAUCGAUCCAGCAGCAGCAAUGGCAGUACCGACUGCUGCAGCCCCAAGGAGAAGCCGUCGCCGCCAGAGGGGCCCCCCGACAUGGGGCAGAAGAAGCCUGAACCUGGGGCAGACACACCACUGGACGCGUUGUUCCAGCUGUCCACCAAAAACUUUGACGAGGAGCAAGAUCCCUCAACGCUGAACAUCUUUGCAACACGCUCCAAUCCAAAGAAGAAACGCAAGUCCCGAACCGCCUUCACCAAUCAGCAGAUCUUUGAGCUGGAAAAGCGAUUCCUAUACCAAAAAUAUCUCUCGCCAGCGGAUCGCGAUGAGAUAGCGGGCGGACUGGGUCUCUCUAAUGCUCAGGUGAUCACUUGGUUUCAAAAUCGACGCGCCAAGCUCAAGCGCGACAUGGAGGAGCUGAAAAAGGAUGUGCAGAUCACGAAACAAUUACCCGACCAGUCAGCAGAUCCCCUGCGACCCCACCACCACCACCACCACCAACAGCAGCACCCACAUCAGCACCGCCUCUUGCCGAGCGCCCAGCAGACGGCAAGCAGCAUCGGCUCGGAAAAGGAUAAGGACAAGAACAAGGAGGACCUUCGGAUGCUGAAGCUGAUGACUCUGAUGCGGUACUCGGAUGGCAAGUUGCUGUACCAGCAACCUCCUCUGCCUUCUCCAGCAGCAGCACCAGUACCAGCAGCACCACCCUCACAAUUAAUGCUGCCCCACAUGCAACAACCGCCCACAUAGCCCACACAGCCGACAGCGACAGCUCCGCUCAGCGAUUAGCCUAAUUUGUAAAUUACUGAUUAUGAACGCUUUCAUUCGCAUCUAAUUUGCCAAAAACACAAAAGCACACACAAAAAUAUAAGUGAAGAUAUGAAAACGCAAACAUGAUUUCACAUGAUUUUCCUAAUUGUAGUAUUAAGUUUCAAGAAAAUUGCUUGUGAUUUUGUCUCUACUUAAAUAACGUAUAUGCUUGUCUAUGGCACAGUAGCAACAGAAGCACGGAACGGAUCUACCCUUAACAAUGUAUAUUUAAUGGAACUAAU